GCCUCCUCUCUCCUCUUCUUUUUCCCUCUCCUCAAGAACAAGACAAAAACACCAACAGCCUGCUCUACCAUCUCGACUGCCGAGUACAGCGAAUACUGCAUCUUUGGACGACUACAGAUACGGCUAUAGCAGCUCUAUAACCGCCGAACUUGCACCGAACACGUCACACGACACCCCGAGCUCAGCUUGAUAUCAAGGGCAUCGUUAGACCACGCAUCUGCAUUUUAUGACUCCGAUCAGACGUUAACCACAACGCGAUCUAAAACUUUUUCACAACCUACAUCACAAUGGAGACACCUAAUCUAUCAAGGUCCUCUUCCACCUCAUCCCGCAACAAGGCGAACCUGAGCCUGGAUCUCUCCAACCUCCCGCCACUGGUUCAGCCCACUCCUCCUUCAAACACACUCAUCUUCACCAACCUGAACAACACCGACAUCUUCCUGCCCGAGAACUUGCAAACCAUUCGCGACCUCAUCGAGCACACCGCACCCAUACAUUCGUUUGCGCCGCUCAAGUCCUUCCGCCGCAUCAUCGUCUCUUUCUUCGACAUCGAUGCCUCAUUAGCGGUGCGCCAGGUAUGGGACGGUGAAGCCGUCAUGGGCGAGCGCAUCAAGCUCUACUUUGGCCACUCCACGCCCAUUGAGGCCAAGCCAGAGCACCUGGAACUUCCCGACGCCGGCAAGCUGUUCUUCAUCUCGCCGCCCGCCAGCCCUCCCCAUGGCUGGGAGAUGCGCCUCGAGGAUGCGCCCAACAAGCAGGUCCACGCUGAUGAUCUUGCCGAAGCUCUGGCCAAGCUUCACCACCGCCCUAUCCCCACCUAUGAUUCACCCAUUACUCCUACCGACGGCGGUGUGCCCAACUUUGGCACCCGGAGUCGCAGCUCGACUCUCAUCUACAAGCCCGAUGCCGAGACUAGCCCCGGUAUUCCUGCUGUGUUUGUUGAGGACAUGACGGAUGAGCCUGCCCUGAGCCCGCUCGAAGUCUCGAAGCCCAUCAUGGCUCAGACUGCUCGACCUCCCGUUGAGCUGAUGAACGACCUAUAAAUGGGGAGUUUUGGACAUGUUGACAUGAUGGACGGUGUGCAUACGGAUUUUUUAUCAUUUCUCUUUAUUUUUUUCCUUCUCUGUACGCUUUUUUGGGGAGACGGUUCUUGGUUGGCGUUGGCAGAGAUAUGACGCACGGCUACUACUUUUGGUUUCCGGAGAUUGUCGAUUCUUCGUGUGGACCUCAUUAUUAAUAUGGAUAUGGAGUUGGGGUUGUUUUCUUCCUUUUUAUUAUUUUCAUGGAGUUGUCUGAAAAGCAACAAAGAUUCCUGUCUCAGAAUACCUAGAUGUGUACCAACCGAUAGAUGGGCGUAACAUCAACAGCCAUACCAAGUGGCUGGAUAGAAUUGUCUAGUUCAAUUAACUUGAUCAAGCACA